GCCGGCGCCCUCCGCCGUCUGCGGCCCUCCUGGGAGAGCCCCUUUCGCCGCGGCCGUGUCGGGGAGCAGGGCGGGAGGGGGAGGAGGCUCCUCCUCGGGACGCGACUUCUCUAGCUGCUCGUGUGAAGGCAGCGAUGGGCGGUGGAAGGCGGCGGGGCGCCUCGCGCGGAACUACGGCUCCCAGGAUGCCUGGCGGCGGGGGGCAGGGGGAAGAUGGCGGUUGCUGAAGUGAGCCGGAGAGGCGGCCGAGCUUAUUGUACUUCACAAAAUUGAAGACAGAUUGCUCGUUAACAAUGCCUGCUAAAAUUGCUUUGCGACUGGGUUUUCCUAUCAGUCGAUUAACCUUCGUGUGCAGCAUUGUUUAUUAUUGAUUUCUCAGUCAUGAGACGAAAGGGAGUAUGCUGUUGCUGUGCCGCUUUGCGACCUCGCUACAAACGUCUGGUAGAUAACAUAUUUCCUGAAGAUCCAAAAGAUGGUCUUGUUAAAGCUGAUAUGGAGAAGCUGACUUUCUAUGCAGUUUCUGCACCAGAAAAACUAGAUCGAAUUGGUGCUUACCUGGCAGAGAGACUGAGCAGAGAUGUUGUCAGACAUCGCUACGGGUAUGUUUUAAUUGCCAUGGAAGCACUGGACCAACUUUUAAUGGCUUGCCAUUCUCAAAGCAUAAAACCAUUUGUAGAAAGUUUCCUUCAUAUGGUGGCCAAGCUUCUGGAAUCAGGAGAACCAAAGCUGCAAGUUCUUGGAACCAAUUCUUUUGUCAAAUUUGCCAACAUUGAGGAAGACACCCCUUCGUAUCACAGACGUUAUGACUUCUUUGUGUCUCGAUUCAGUGCCAUGUGUCAUUCCUGUGAUCAUGAUCCAGAAAUACAAACUGAGAUCCGAAUCGCUGGAAUCAGGGGCAUUCAGGGAGUGGUUCGAAAAACAGUUAAUGAUGAACUUCGGGCAACUAUAUGGGAACCUCAGCACAUGGACAAGAUAGUUCCAUCAUUGCUGUUUAAUAUGCAGAAAAUAGAAGAUGUUGACAGUAGAAUAGGCCCUCCAUCCUCUCCUACAGGAGGAGAGAAAGAGGAAAAUCCUGCUGUGUUGGCCGAGAAUUGUUUCAGAGAACUUUUAGGACGUGCAACUUAUGGAAAUAUGAAUAAUGCUGUCAGACCUGUUUUUGCACAUUUAGACCAUCAUAGACUAUGGGAUCCCAAUGAAUUUGCUGUUUCCUGCUUCAAAAUCAUCAUGUAUUCUAUACAGGCACAAUAUUCCCAUCAUGUAAUACAAGAAAUACUUGGACACCUUGAUGUUCGUAAAAGGGAUUCACCACAAGUCCGUGCUGGCAUUAUUCAGGUUCUUUUGGAAGCAGUUGCAAUAGCUGCCAAAGGAUCAAUAGGCCCAACAGUUCUGGAGGUUUUUAAUACCUUAUUGAAGCACUUGCGCAUCAGCGUUGACUUUGAGCUGGGUGAUAGGCGCAGUUCAGCUGGUAGUGCCACUCUCAGCACAAGCUUCAAGGAGAGUGAUGAGAGGAUUGUCCAGAAUGCUAUUAUUCAAACAAUUGGGUUUUUUGGAAGCAAUCUCCCAGAUUACCAGAGAUCAGAGAUUAUGAUGUUCAUUAUGGGAAAAGUACCUGUUUUAGGGAUAACUUCGCAGUCAUUGGAUACAAGCCACCUUGGGGAUUUGGGAACUAGGAGGAUUCAGAUCAUGUUAUUGAGGUCUUUACUUAUGGUGACGGCAGGAUACAAAGCAACAGCUAUUACUAAUGCACUUCCUGCCCCAUUUCUGGACCCACUGUUGUCACCUUCACUCAUGGAGGACUCGGAGUUAAGGCAACUGGUCUUGGAAAUACUGCAUAAUCUCAUUGAUCGACAUGACAACAGAGCAAAACUCAGAGGAAUACGAAUAAUACCGGAUGUUUCUGAUCUAAAAAUAAAACGAGACAAAAUUUCAAGGCAAGACGUGAGCUUCAUGAAAAAGCAUGGUCAGCAGCUAUACAGACACAUCUACUUAGGCUCUAAAGAAGAAGACAACGUCCAAAAGAACUUUGAGCUUCUGUAUACAACUCUAGCUCUUACCACAAUUGAACUAGCCAAUGAAGAAGUAGUAAUUGACCUUAUUCGAUUAGCUGUUGCUUUGCAGGACAUUGCCAUCAUCAAUGAGGAUAAUCUGCCAAUGUUUAAUCGUUGUGGUGUUAUGGCAUUGGUUGCAGCAUAUCUAAACUUUCUAAGUCAGAUGAUUGCUGUCCCUGCCUUUUGUCAGCAUGUCAGCAAGGUCAUUGAAACUAGAAGUUUGGAAGCACCUUAUUUUCUACCGGAAACAAUUUUCAAAGACAAAUGCAAUCUUCCAAAAUCCUUAGAGAAGCAUGAAAAAAAUUUAUUUUUCCUCACAAACAAGAUUGCGGAAUCAUUAGGUGGCAGCGGAUACGGUGUGGAAAGAUUGUCUGUUCCGUAUGUACCCCAGGUAACAGAUGAAGACAGACUUUCCAGAAGGAAGAGCAUUGUUGACACAGUAUCUAUUCAGGUGGAUAUUCUGCCUGGGAACAACACGGAGGAUAAGAUUGAUAAUACUGAAGAAAUCACUUUUGAAGCUCUGAAGAAAGCAAUUGAUAAUAAUGGACUUGAAGAACAGGAAAAAGAAAAAAGGCGUCUUGUAAUUGAGAAGUUCCAAAAAGCACCAUUUGAAGAAAUUGCAGCACAAUGUGAAACCAAAGCAAACUUGCUUCAUGAUAGACUUGCACAGAUAUUGGAACUCACCAUUCGCCCUCCACCUAGUCCCUCAGGAACGAUGACCAUUACUGCUGGACAUGCUCAUUACCAGUCUGUUCCAGUCUAUGAGAUGAAGUUUCCAGAUCUUUGUGUGUAUUAAGUGUCUUCUGAAAUCUGCCGGACAUUAUUUAGAAUAGAAUACAAUAGAAAGAACAAGAUGAGUUUUCAAAUUUUAUUGUUUAUUUCAUCUAAGUUAACUUUAAAAUAAUGAUGGGCAUGAGCCAAAUGCAGAUUAUUUUUAGCCAAACUUGUGAAACUGUCUUGAGUUAGUUGUCUAGUAUAUUUGAAGUUACGUUUGUCAUAUGUCAUGUUCCUUCUUUUCCAUAUUUAAAUACAUGUAAAAGUUAGAUGUAAAACCUGUUUUGCCAUAUAGAUGAAUAUUUCAGUUAUUCUAGGAAUUUAUGUUUCUGUAAAUUCCUUUAAUUUGAGGUAUUGUAAUUGCAAGACGUGUUAGAGCUUCUUCCUGUUUUGUUUUGUUUUCCCUCCCUCCAUCUCAAUUUAUAUAUCUAACUAGAAUGCUUUUGGCUUGCUCCAUCUCAAUACAUGUAAUAGUGAGCAGGACCUUAGUUCCCUUUUAUUCUGUAUCAUAGUUAGUCUUUUUCUUUACUUUGGAAUAUAUGUUAGGAGUGGGAACAGAAUGGGACAAUACCUUACAUGUGUUCAAGUACAGUAAAUGAAUGAUUGGACACAUAUCUUUGCAUCAUAUAAUCUGCUUUUUAGGUAUAUAUAUACGCCCAGUAUCUAUUCUCUGUUACCAACUGAAAGUUAGUGCUUUGCUUAACAGAUGAAAGUCUGCUCUUGAAACAUUGAAUUGUGCAAUAUUUUUCAUGUCCUAAGGUGUAUAAUUUACAGACUGUACUUUUGAAAAUGUAGUAGUAUUUUGCUGUCUGCUUUAGUAUAAAUACAUGAGAGAGAUAUAUUUAGUAUAGCAAGAAAUAAACCGAGGGCAUUUUAAAUCAUAAAUACAGAUGUUACAAUUAUAUUCUAUGAAGUGUUUCUCUGUAGUUUAUUACAGCUUUUUAAUGAUACUUUGGAAGUUGAAAGAAAAUUGGAUUAAACCAUUUAAAGACCAAGAAUUUAUUACAUGUGUUUUGAACCAAAAGCAUUUUUACAGAUGUAUCUGUGUGUUCAUUUUUGUUUCAUUUCACAAUCUUGAAGGAAAUGAGGAAAAUGUAGUAACUUUCAUAGGUUUAUGUAUCUGAGUAUACAAUUCAGUAAAAUAGAGUAAAUCGCUGAGUUUUGGAUGACAAUUGACAAAACUGUCUUUUAGUAAAGCUGUCUUACUAAAUUCUGCAGGCAGAAAGAAAAAAUAUUAGUAGCUGAUGUCAUAAAUAGAAAUUUGAAGUCCUGUAAUCUAUCUGAAUCUGACUGAAGCAAGCACAGAUAUUGAGUGGAUGUUCUCAAAUAUCUGUAUCAAACAUAAAACAUCUAAGUUAGCCACCAGUUUAGAUGAACAGUGAUCAGGCCGUGAGCGAAGUGAUGUAGCUUCAUUUAGCCAUGCUUUGAGAAGGGACUUGGACUAGAUUACCUUCAGAAGUCCCAACCUAAAUUAAUCUAUGAUUUCAUAAUUCUGAGACCCAAAUGGUGGUUGUUUGAUGAGCAAGUCAGCUGACUUGCUAAAUAUUUUGAGCAUUUACGCACUUGCUGUGAAACAGACUUCCAGAAUUUUAAACUGAUACGCAGUAUUUCACCACACUACUUUUAAAAGCCUAAUAUGACAUGACAUCAGAGAAAUUACAGCUACUUAAACCUAUGAGAUAACAUGCUGAGAUUUUCAGAAACCAUUCACAAAACUCAAAGGGUAAUUGAGACCUUCUUUUCAGUUUAACAGUGCAAUCACAGCUGUUAGCGGAUGACGAAACAGCCCUUUACCUACAGCAUUCCGUUGUGAUUUUUACUGCUGCAACGUAUCAGCCUGAUCAGACCACAGUCUGCACAUAAAUAGGACUCGUUGUCACUCUAGGUUUUAGUUUUCACUUUUGUUUUUUUUUAAGGUAAGACAUAAUAGUUUUUACCAGUAUAAAGAGUGUAAUUUUUUAAAUAGUAAAUAUAACCCAGGGAUACAAUGUAAAACACUUAUCCACUCUGUCAUUUUUUAGAGUAACACUGUGCACUUUUGUACAAAAAAGACAAAUAAGCAGUCUAAAGAAUAAGAAAUAUAGAGAAUGUACUUUUGUUUGCACUCUUGCAGUGUGCAGACUGGGUAAAUACAGAAUUGUUUCUCUGAAUUCUGUUACAUGAAUGCUGCCUGUGAAAAUAAUUAUAUUUGUUUCAUUUUCUGUUGUGCUCAUGAAAUAUUUUUCAUUUAUGCUAAUGAUAGGUUUCCAUGCUUCCAAAGUUCAGACUAGCUUUGUGUGGGGAGUGCAGGUGUUUUACAGGUAUUGAGCAGGGAAUGAAAAACUUGUAAUUCUCCAAGGGCUUAGGUGAUGUUUAAGUUCUUGAGUUUCUUAGCAAGUUUCUUUCUGGAAAUUCAGAGAACCUGUAAGUUGUCAAUUGGUUCACUCUGGGCGGUUAGGAGAUGGGUGUCAUUGCAAAUAUAUUGUUUUGAUAGCUUUUUGUAGUGUGUAGGUAAUAAAUGAAACCAAAUGAAUUAGUGCUGUUUUACAGUAUAAAGUUGUUUUGCUUCAUUUAUCUUUUUACGUUCUUGAGAUGAAUUGCGGAAUUUAAAACUCAGAAUGUGCAUACUGUAUUAUCUGCAACACAUUGAAUACUGUUUAAAUGUUUAUUAAUUGAUACCCAGCUGUUUAAUGUAUCCCAGCUUUUACUUUGACUUUUCUUCCCUUUCAUGCCAUUUUGAAAAAUUAAUGGCUUUUGGUAGUGAUUCAUUUUAAAUCAAAUGAAAUUUUUAUUAAUUUUGAAAUAUAAAAAUAGUCUAUUGUCCAAAUCAGUGUAGGGCUAAUUUGUCCAUUGUCUUGAUGGUCAUAUAUUCUGUACUGUACGUAAUGAAACAUUUUCAGUAAAUGUAAGAAUACACUGUGCAAUCUGUAUUUAAGCAAUAAAAUAAACCAAAAUUUAAAAUAAA